UUUAUUUUUUGACAAUAAUAGGCUUCCCGCCAGCGAAAAUCAAUUUUUUGUAUAAAACUACUAAGAUUUAACAAAAUAUAAUCACUUCUUUGCCUAAACUAAGCUAAAUAAUUACCCUGCACGGCAACUCUAAUGCAUUGCUCUGUGUAUGGCAGCAGGAUCUAUUUAAUUGUAUGAAAUUAUCUGUAUUUCGCUUCUUGAUGAUGGGCGAUUUGCUGAACAAUUCGGAGAUGCUUAAAAAACUAGGCGUCGACAGCUCCAAUCAAUGGAUAAUUUACGACGAACAGUUUGAAAAGUUUUUCAAUUUCUUGUCGGAGAAUGUUACCGACUCCAAUAUUCUCACAGCACGGGAGUUGUUGGAGCGUGACGAAAUGAUGCAGCGCGGAGAAUGGCUACACGAAUCUGAGAGGAUUUUGAAACUGCAGCAGAUAGAAUCUGAAAAUCCUGGGCUGCUCAAGUACACGAAUCAAGAUGUAGACGCGCUUGCUGCAGAAGUAGAUGUAAUUGAGGAGGCAACCAAUGAUUAUUCCACACUAAUCGACGAAAUGCAGAACACAAAGCACAGUCUUAUAAGCAAUCUGAGUGAGCUAGAGUCUACAAUACUGUUACUGCACAAUACGGAAAGGGAAAUAUUAAUCGAGUGCCAAGCCAAAGCUCGCCAAUUAGAGGAGUUGCAGCGGGAGAAUUGUAAGCUCAGUGAAGAUACCAACAAGGGCUUCACCUUACCACAAGUGCCGCCGCUAUUUAUGCACCAGAUGCCGCUUGACCAGUAUUUCCUUAAAUGCGACUCAUUCAUGCAGUAUUUUACUCUGUAUAUGAAGGAAAACUUCAAAAUACAGGAAAUCGUAGAUUUUGAGAGCGCUGAAGUGGACGUGCAACAUUUUAACAGCAAGCUAGAAAAUUUACAAAACUCCAUUCAAUAUUACACUCUCGAAUUUAUAAAGGAAAAGGCCAAGGCAAAAGCCACACAAGCACUGAUAGAUCAUAUUGAUCUGAAUCAAAUUCACUGCAUCAGCUUUGCUGACAUGGUGCGUGAAACACAUGACCUGCAACUGCUCAACGAAAACCAUCUAAAGAACACACACGACACUCUAGUAAAUGCCCUGGCCACGCACGUACAGCAGCACACACAUCAACGCAUGGAGCUGGUCCUAUACGAAAACACAAAGCAGAAAUUGGAACGCGCUCUGCGUCGCCGCGAAAAUGACAAGCAGCUGACAAGUGUCAUUUCCGAUGCACUAUCCAACGCCGAACUUAUUUGGAUAGCUAUACAAUUAGACUUGGAAAAGAAACGAAACUGUACAGACAGCUCCAUAGGUAUUUGUGGUCACGCGAAGACGAGUUGGCAACGUAUACAAACAAUGCGUUCACUAAAUGCCUGCCCCAGAGGCACCUAUGCACAAUUGUUACAUAAAAUCGCUUGUCAACUGUCCACGCACCUUGGCCAGAAUGUUCGCUCAGCUGAAGCUAAGAUCUGCUUGUAUGAGUAUGAGAAGUUUGGCCGUCUUUUAGCCUACUCCUUGCAAAGCAUGUUGAGCGGAAAGUCACAAGUGCACGCGCUCGAGCAGCUGGCCGACCUCAAGCGUUUGGAGCAAACGCUAUGCCCUUUCGUCUACAACUCGCCUCUAGAUCAACCUAUGUUCGAGCACGUUCAGUAUUUAUGCCCCAUGUUUGAUGCCGCACAGCAGCAGAUGCUUUUUGAAGAGUCGCUUCGCCAUUUGCGCACUCAGUUCCAGGAAAAGAUCUUAGAGCGUAUGGACAAAGAAAAGCUUUGGCGCUACAGCAAACUCUUGUGGAUUUGGUUUCUAACUGAGCCGCAGCGCAUGCUUCAUGCAAUUGAUGAGGUGAAGAAGAGUUCCGCCAAGAUACCAGCCCUAACAAACUCCAUAUUUCGUCCAGGUGGCGGUCUGCAGCGUAAAUGAAUCAACAAGUUUCAUUAAUGUUAAAGCUAGUACAAUAAUAUUCCACAUUUUGCGGUAAAGUAAAAAUUAGUGACGAAAGCACAGAUUCUAACUUGCAAAAUGUAAGUCAAAUUUGCGCAUUCCCCACUCUUCUUAUAUAUGCUACAUUGCAUUCAUAAAGUACAUCUCUCUCUUUCUCUACCUCUCUCUCUCUCUCUAUUGUCCUCUUGCGUUGGGUUGAACACGUAUGUAUGUAUAUAUAAGAAAACAUGUGUAUGUUUGUUUUCCGUUCACAUAGUUUAUUGAUUUGCUUCACAUAUGUGACGUAAAAAAUAAAAGGAACAGGCCAGGUCUGACUCGUUGCAACUAAUA